GGACUCUAUGGUGACGCUGUGACGUCAAGCUCGAGGUGAGAGGUCACGGCGGCGCCGGGUUGAGGGCAGCGGAGCCGCGUCCCGGGGCCUGUCAUGGCGGCCCGGCGGCUCCGCGGCGCCCUCCAGGUCGGGGCGCGGCAACGGCUGCGGGCGGCGGCGGCUCCGACCGGGAGACACACAGCUCUCUGCAGCCUCGUGUUCAGCCGCCCAGCGAUCAGCACCGAAUGGGACCCCCAUCGUGCUCCCACCCGCUCCUUCCUUAACCUGGCUGGCUCCUUAACCAACAAACGCAAGGAAUACUCGGAGCGUCGCAUCAUUGGGUAUUCCAUGCAAGAGAUGUACGACAUCGUCUCCAACGUGGACGAUUACAAAAGCUUCGUGCCGUGGUGCAAGAAGUCGGUGGUGGUUUCCAAAAGGACGGGGCACAUUAAGGCCCAGCUGGAGGUUGGUUUCCCACCAGUGUUGGAACGUUACACCUCCAUCGUCACCCUCGUCCGCCCGCAUCUCGUUAAGGUGAGCACAGCCCCAGCUCUGCUGCACCCACCCCAGCCAGAUCCAGGGCCUCCUGAUGUGCUCCUCCUCCCCCCUAUA